AUGCCGGUGCGGAUUCGACUCGCCCGCUACGGGCACAGGAACCAUCCGUUCUAUCGGAUAUACGUGGCGGACUCGAGAGCGCCGAGGGACGGGAGGCACCUCGAGAUCGUGGGGCACUACGAUCCCAAGCCGGAGAUCGACGGAAACAAGCACCUCGGGCUGAAGAUCGACCGCGUGAAGUAUUGGCUCUCGGUCGGCGCGCAACCCUCGGACACGGUGGCGAGACUCUUGGGACAGGCGGGCAUCAUACCGCCGCCGCCGAGGAAAGGCGGCGGCAGG